UGCAUGGAGUGGGACACGCAGGUGGUGGUGGGGUCCUCGUCGCUCGGCCCCGCGGGGGUGGGAGCGGCGGAAGCCCCCGCCGGGCCGUGGCUGCCAUGGUGGCUGCGCCCGGAGCGCUGCGCCUUGUUCCAGUGCGCGCGGUGCUUCGCGGUGCUCGCUGACUGGCUGCACCUGGCUUGGGACGUGUCGCGGGCGCUCGGGGCCGUGGCCUUCUCCAGAAUCAAAAACAACGUCGUUUUGGAAGCGCCCUUUCUGGUUGGCAUUGAAGGUUCGCUCAAAUGCAGCACUUACAACCUUCUAUUCUGUAGUUCCUGUGGAAUUCCCAUUGGCUUCCAUUUGUAUUCCACCCACGCUGCUUUGGCUGCUUUAAGAGGUCACUUCUGCCUUUCUAGUGAUAAAAUGGUUUGCUAUCGGUUAAAAACAAAAGCUGUAGUAAAUGCAUCUGAGAUUGAUAUUCAGAAUGUACCUCUACCAGAAAAGAUUGCAGAGCUCAAAGAGAAAAUAAUGCUAAUACAUGCUCGCUUAGAUUCACUCAUCAAGAUUCUGAAGGAAAAGACUUCUCACAAGUCCAAGCCAGAAAACUUAUCUUUGGUUCUUCAGAUGUGACUAUCAGAUUCGAGAUGUUGACUCUUCAGCAACAAGUGCUGUUUGGUAAUUUGUGAAAGAACCUGGCUUCAUGAAUGGGGUUUGCAGCCAGGCGCCAUAGUUACUCAGGGCACUCAUAUCUGAUAGCUGUUUGCAGCCAGCCUAGAUAGGAAAGACCAUGAGACUUUUAAUUCCAAUUAACCAGUAGGAAACCGGAAGUGCU